GAGUUCUGAAUUUUCUCUCAGUCUCAGGUGAAGAAGAAGAAGAAGAAGCGUUGAGUGUGAGAUGGAGAAAGUGACAGAGAAACCCAAAACCGAGACUAAAGCUCCACCUCCGCCGAACCAUCAGAUGGAUGCAGACGAAGACGACGAGAAUGUUAAACAGCUAAAGGAGUGUUCUUCUCUCUAUUUGUCAUUACAGGAUUGUCUUGUUGAUAGCAAUAGGGAUUGGAAAUCUUGUCAGAAACAUGUUCAAGCUUUGAAGGAAUGCCAUGAAAGGAGAAUGAAGAAAUGACAGAGAUUGAGUAAGAAGAGCUUACACCUGAUUGAUUAGUUACUUCUUAUAGAGUAAGCCACUUUGAAUAAAGAACAAUUUUUUUCUCUUGCUGUCAUCUAUUGAGUCAUAAGGUCAUUUCGCAUUAGAAAAACAGCAAUGGUGUUGGGGAUGUGUUGUUCAGACUUCAGACAGAUUUGUUUGUUUUCUUACUCUAGUUAAAUUUGUUUUUUUUUUGCCUUAUCUUGAGUUCGCGAAUAUUUGACUCUUUUGCGAACAACCUUUGUAUACAUCACUCUUCUAAUCCCGGGUUGUUUGGGAUUUAUAGCUAUAGAUAUCCUGUGUA